AUGGCGCUAUUCAGGCUAUCUAACCUUGUCGCGCUGCUGACAUUUUCAUCUCUUACUGUUCUCGCAUUCAACUUCAUCGCAGGACACGGUGAUGCGUCCGGGUUUUUCGAUAAACUGUCUGCUCCAUGUCUGAAUAUCACUACCGAUGAAGCGCCCUUUUCUUUACCAUAUACAGGGAUCCAACCCAUAGACAAAACACUUUGUGGCAUCAUAGUCUUCUUUCACGCGUCCUUCGGCCCAGAGGUCGCCCCAUUCCUAAUCUACUUUCUCCUCUCCGCUGUUCCUAUUACGGGUCAUGCCUACUUUGAAUCAUCCAGGCUCAAAAGGCCUUUUCUAAUGGCGUACCCUGUCGUCUUCUUCCAAGUCAUGCAACUUCUUUCUUUUGGAGCCACAUUCUCUGUCUACUGGAUGCUAUUCAUCCUGUCAGGUGCCUCGAGACUCCCUUCAUUGGGGCGACAAACGAUGGUCACGAAAGCUCAUGCACAGGCUAUAAUGUUUGGGAUAUUCAUUGGUCUCGUUAUCCUGACCGGAUGCAUGAUCAUACUCCAAGAUCCCUACAUUACAGCUAUCUGGCAGGUGUUUCCGAUCGUAAUUUCUGUUGCUACAAGUCUGCAUCUUCUUGUGAGGCCUGCAUCUUUAUACCCUGAAUCAGGCUUCUCCAUUAUUCGUGGCUUCUACAUCUUGUCGUUCAUUUUGAUAUCCUCCAUGCAUAUCACCCUCAUCACGUCGAGAGGUAUCGAGGAGCUGAAAGCUCUCAUGCUUCCAUCUAUAACUGUCUUACCGUCCUCCACCUCGAUAGAACUUCAAGCUCUCAAUCUUCUUCAAUGGGACGCUGCUUUUGGGCUGCUUUCCGCAUUAUUGGCUACCCUCUGGUUUGGCAGAAACACAAAGGAGACCUUUGUGCUACUUGUAUGGAACCUGCUGGCAUCUCCAGUUGUCGGUCCUGGUGCAGCCUUCGCGGCAUCCGCUCUAUGGCGAGAAUCAUGGCUGCACGAAGAAUUGAUAAGUGAUAAAAAGGAUUAG